AUCAGUUAAUCCGUUUUGAUGAUGCACACUUUCUCUAAAUCGGAUCACAGCAUGGUGACGCUUAUUUGAAACUCACCUCGUGUCAUUUUUAGUAUUUUUGUUUCAUUUUAUUUUGCUCUGCAGCGCGGAGCGACAUGGAUCCGUCCCGGAGGAGCGAGAGCGACUGGCAGGGGCUGGCCAACGAGUUCCUCAUUUGUAAGCGUAAGUUGGAGAGUAAGAAAGAAGCUCUUCUGAUUCUGUCCAAAGAGCUGGACACCUGCCAGCAGGAGAGGGAUCAGUACAAGCUGAUGGCCAACCAGCUCCGUGAGCGCCACCAAGGACUCAAGAAGAAGUACAGAGAACUCAUUGAUGGAGAUCCUUCUCUGCCUCCCGAGAAAAGGAAUCAAGUGAAUUUAGCCCAGCUGCUGAGAGACUCCAGAGAACAGAACAGUCAACUGUCUGAGGAGAUGAAGGAGCUGAAACAACGACUGGUGGAAGCUCAAGGUGAUAACAAGCUUCUACGAAUGACCAUCACCAAACAGAGGCUGGGAGAUGAGGAGGUCGGCGCUCGACACUUUCCUGCUCAUGAACGAGAGGAUCUGGUGAAGCAGUUAGAAAGAGCCAGAGAGCAGAACGAGGUUCUGGAGCACAGCGUGAAGUCGCUCACAGACGAGCUUCAGGACGUUCGAGCAGAGCGAGACGUGUUCCAGCAGAAGGCUCAUCGGCUCAAUAUGGAAAUGAACCACAUCGUGGGCAACGAUGACAUACGCAUUUUAGACAUAGAUGCACUCUGCAUGGAGAACAGGUAUUUGCAUGAACGCUUCUCUCAACUCCAAGAAGAAAUCAACUUGCUCAAAACAAACCUGGUGAAGUACAAGAGUGCCCUGGACUGCAGGAAAACCUCUAAAAUCUGUGGGAAACCCAACAGCAGUGCACUUACUGGGGUGCUCUCUGCUAAACAAGUGAAGGAGUUGUUGCUGUCUGAAGAAAACGGCUGCAGUUUGCCCGUGACUCCUCAGUCCAUCUCAGACCUGAAGUCUCUCGCCACAGCUCUGCUGGAAACCAUCCACGAGAAGAACAUGGUGAUUCAGCACCAACGGCAAAUCAACAAGAUUCUUGGAAAUCGAGUUGCAGAGCUGGAGAAGAAAAUAAAAACAUUAGAGAUGUCGGGCUUAUGGAGCCUUCCAGGUCUGACUUAUAAUGUGUCUCUGGGGAUACAUGGAAGAGGAAAAGACACAAUCAUCCUGAAUCCUCAGCAGGAUGACUCAACAGAGUGUCCUGGACUGGAAGGCGAUGAAGUGUUAGAAAUAACAGCCGUGGAUCAGCAGAGCUCCACAGAAGUCCCGAUCCAAGAGAGCGGACACCCGGCUGUGUCAGGUGGUCAAGAGGAGCUUCUCGAGGAGUCGACACCCAGCGAGGAGACGCGCCAGCUGAACCUCUCAGCAGAGGACGAACCAGUCAGCCCUCUGACAGAAACACCAGACAGUAAAGACAGCGGUCAAACACGGGUCACAGCCGAACUGACUGAUUUAACGAGUCACUGUUUAAAAGAAGAGGAGUUUGUGAAUGAUUCCUCUCCCACAAAACACCCGUCAGACCUCUGCUGCUCACCGCAAACUUUAGAGAACUAUGACCCCGCAGCAGGAAGAGAGGGUGAGUCAGAUGAAUGCACUGAAACUGUUGAACCAGAGUGUAACCUAACAGAGGAAAACAUCAAUAGCACAAUGUCCACUGCUGCUGCUGCAAGUUCUGACGAGGAUCUGUCAAACCAGGAGGCGGAGCUUUCAGGGGAAACAGAUGUUUGUGUUGGUCAGGAAAUGUGAAGUCUUCCAUGUUACACAGCAUCGAGAGAAAUCCUCAGAAUGUGAACGAUGCAUUAGCGAUGUGACACUACUGGAUUCAUUUUUAUGAAUUAUGAACAAAAUCUGGGGAAAAUGACACUUUAAAGUUGUUGAUAAUAGACAGAUGGCGUGCUGAUAGUGGAUCCUGCAUCUGUUACUCUGUUAUCAAAACUAAUUACUGGGACAAUACAUGAAGGAUUAGCCCUGUCUGAGUAGUUAGAUCGACUCAUAACAAACCUAAAGGAAAUUAGGAUUAAAUGAAAUAAUGUUUAUAAUCUUUAUUUAUGGAGCACUUUUCAACAUCCACGUUACAAAGUGCUUCACAAGGCAGCAAAAUAUAAAAGAUAAAUCAUAAAAUCAACAGGUUUUAAGAAAACAUUUACAAUUUGGUAUAUAAAAUCAGAACAGUAGGAGAAAAGGUAAGAAUAGGGGAAAAGAAUACAUUUUGGGGGAAAUAAAUGAUGAAAAAAUGAUAAUUAAAACCAGGAAACGCUUGUGGAAAAAGAAUGUUUUAAAAAAGGGAUUUAUAGGACUAUGCCGACCUGAUUUCCUCAUUCCAGAGUCGCGGGGCUCUGACAACAACUGCUCUUUCUCUGCUAGUUUUCCGCCUCUAGAAGAGACCAAAGACCUUUAGGGGAAGAAGGAUGUUAGAGGAUUAGAUUAAUGAAAAAGCUAUAAGAAGAACUGUGAGUCUAAAAUGAGUGUAUGAGGCUUCAUUUGAAAGGUAACAUCUUCUAGUUUAUACAGGUGGCUAAAACAACCAAAACUACACCAGUACAUCAGCUAAUCAGACCUCCAUCCCGAUCCUAACCCCACUAUUACCCUCUGGUGGGCAGGUGGGUUUUUAAUUUUUUAAUUUUUUAUUUCAGCUUUAUUUAACCAGGGAAUAUCCCAUUGAGAUUAAGAACCUCUUUUUCAAGGGAGCCCUGGCCAAGAGGUGGCAAACACAAAAUACAGUUACAUAUUUUAGUUUGGAUUUAAAAGUGCUCAAAGAAACAAAGUCAGUUAAUUUCCAUUCUUCCUGGCGCAUAUUCCAGCAUAAGGUGCAGAGUAAACAAAUGCCCUUUUACCCAACUCCGUACGAGCAGAAGGGACAGAAAGCAACAAUUGAUCUUGUGAAUGAAGAGAAUAAGAUCCUGCAUUUCUCACAGUAAUUAAGGUGCAAAUGUACGAAGGCAGCAGUCCCAAUGUUGCCUUAUAAGUGGAAGUAUACCAAUGACUAGCCCUUCGAGUGGCCUGUUCAGUCUUGAGUCGAUCAAUAGAAUUUUGGUUCGGGCAAGAAAAAAGGCUGUUCCAGUAAUCUGGACCUGAUGAGAUGAAGGCCUGUAAAAUGUUCUCUGUGUCUUUAAAAGUUAAAGAUAGGUCAGAGAAAUAUUUUUAGAUUAGAAUAUUUCUGACAUUAUAUAAACAUGAUUGUGCAAGCAGCUGAAGGCAAUGUGCUGGGACCCAGUGACAAAAAUCUCUUUGUACUUCACAGAAACAGUCAUUAAAUAACUUCCAGAGUCUGUAGUUAUAAAGGGCCGGUAAAUCUGCAUGUAAAAUGAAAAGCGAGACCAUGUCUGUGAAUGUUGUGAGCAAUGGAAGGCAUGUCUAGAGAAAACUGGUCCCAAGACUGAACCCUGAGGAGAAUGAAGAGACAUAUUUGUUAUCUGUCGGUAACUGAUUAUGUAAUUUAAGCUUUUAUCUACUGUCAUGGAAAAAAUAUUAGACCAUCCUUGUUUUCUCUAAUUUGUUGUUCAUUUUAAUGCCUGGUACAACUAAAGGUACAUUUGUUUGGACAAAUAUAAUGAAAACGACAAAAAUAGCUCAUAAAAGUUUAAUUUAAGAGCUGAUAUCUAGUCAUUUUCCAUGUUUUUCUUGAUAAUGAUUUUGGUUAUUAACAAGAAAACCAUGGAAAAUGUCUAGAUAUCAGCUCUUAAAUUGUUGUUAUCAUUACAUUUGUCCAAACAAAUGUACUUUAGUUGUACCAGGCAUUAAAAUGAACAAUAAAUUGAUUAAACAAUGUUCUAAUAAUCCUUUCCAUGACUGUAUUAUGAGUCUGUGAUGACCCAAAGAAUGUCAGAACCUGACUUAACACCAUAUUAUAAGUGAUUGUUUCAGAAUAUGCUGCUAUAACAGCCUCCAUUCUACUGAGAGUAUUUUUCCUCAGUAUAUUGGAACAAAUGUUGGCAGAGAUUUUCUCCCAGAAUAGCCAGAGGAGCAUUAGUGAGAUUGGCCCAAAGUCCACUUACUCCAAAAGGUGUUUGAUUGGUUUAUGUAGCUCUGUUCUCGCCGGUCAAGUUCUUCCACACCAUGAAACAGUAAAAGGUUUGUUCCCAAACUGUUGAUAGAAAGUUUGAAGCUUUACAUUGUGUAUGUAUCAAAGUGGGGGAGUUAAGAAAAUAUUGUGUUUAACCCUUUAUCGGGCGAAUAACUAUAUUUGGUAACUUCAGUGCAUAUAAAAAUGGGGUCCCCAUGUCUCUCUGUUUGGUCGUAGAACCACAUGGAUUUCUUCCAGCUAAUCAGCAAAGAUCAGGCUACGUCACAGACGGUGAUACCACGACAUCUGACCAAUCAGUAUGAUAAUAUUAGAAUAAUAUUUAGAGAAAAAAGUUGCAAAUUUACUCGAUUUAAGAGAUUUAAAGUGGCAAAUCUGUGCGAAAAAAGCCAAGCCAAGAUUUACAAGAAAAAAGUGGAAAAAAAUACUUUUUUCUAUCAGAUUCACCACUUUAAAUCUCAUAAAUCUGCACAUACGGACCCCUACCCGGGUCCGUAUGUUUUUUGUUUUUUUUACACAUUCUGGCUGUAUGUAAUAUCCUCCAAUAUUCUCUAGGGUUGAAAUUUGUAAUUUUCAAGUAUUUCAAUGAAUGCCCUAUUAAGGGUUAAAAGUAGCAAAAAAAAAAAAGGGCUGUGUCUAGCACACUACAGAGGUGUGUUUUUUAAUUUAUUUAUAUUUUGCAUUAAAUAGACAUAAAAUUUGUGUCUUUAAUCAUUUUAUUUAGUUGUGAGAACUUUCACUCUGAUCGAGCUACUGAAUUUGAACUCAACAGUGAAGAAGUUAAUUUGUGUAAAAUGUUUUCUGUUAAAAGGUUUCGCAUAGAAACAAACUAAAACUUAAGAGGGACAAAGUGCAGUUGACCAUGAACAGAAAGACUUAAUUCUCCUUUAUCGUUCUGUCCAUGCUCCCCCCUCCACGUCAAAGAAACCUGCAAUAUCUUAUCGAUCACUACAUCGAUCACAAAUAGACAUCCAGCUGUUGUGAACAAUGUUUAAGCUAAGCAUUAGGGCUAUUGUGUUUCUUCAAAAAAAAAGUACAAACAUUUCCAAACAGUUACUUUGCUUUUUAUUGUCUGAAAUGUAACAAUAUAACACAUUUUGCUUUUUUGCUAAACACUACACAAGUUUUAUUUGUAAUCAUGAAAACACUAUUCUUAAAGCUAUAAAAAUGCUGCAUGACAAUUUACUAUUUAUUCAUUAAAAGAUAAUUGCAUUUUUCAUUCAUGCUCUUUAAAAAAAAAAAAGAAAUUCCUUAACAGGCACCUUCAAAGAAA